AUUAUCUUCUCUCCUCUCUCUGCUUCGCCUUUCCUUCUCUGGCUGUUAGUUUCGCUAAUACCGCCUUUUCUGAGCCCAAAGAUUGUAUCUUUGUUUUUGUUUUUAUCAUGCUGCAACUUGUUAUAGCUAGCCGGGAAGUAGUUGAUGAAUUCAUGUUUGCGCCUUAUUCUAGAACUGAAAAUCAGCUUCAUGGAUGAUGGUCUUGGGAAGAUAAGGGUUAUUCCAGAUCAUUUUAAAGCAUCCUCACCCAGUGUUGACUCUUCUCAAAAUGUAACUUCAUCUAUUUCACGUCCAAGAACAGAUAAUUGCUUGAGGUCCCAUAGCUGGAGUCUAGGAAAAUUAAGAACUGCUGCACACAUGUUGAAGUCGUUUAGUCUAAGGGGGUUGCCAUGGGGUUCUAGCACGGAUGGUGAAGAAAAGGUUGAGCUAUCUGCUGUAGAACUAGAGUCACUUCGAACGGAGCUUGCUGAUAUAGAAGAGAGGGAAGCUCACUUGAAAGCUCAAUUGGAACACGUUGAUGAGAUUUUACGAUUUGCUCGUCUCUCUGGCUAUUUGUACAUUCGAACUAGGUGGACAGCACUACCAGGAGAACCUCCUCCCCUUGAUGAUACUGAUGUUGAUGACUGGCUUCCACGCUUUGUUGUCUUGCAAGGGACCUGCAUGUUCUUCUACUUGUUAUCCACAGAUCUAAGUCCUCAAGACUCCACCCUAUUAUCUGAUAUUGUUGAAAUAGGUCCCUUGCCAAGCUUUACACGAGAUGAUGAAGGAACUCGAUAUGCAUUUUAUAUUUUAACACGUCAAGGACUGCGGUACGAGUGCUCUAGUGUUUCUGAGAUACAGUUGAAUUCCUGGUUGGCGGCAUUACGAACUGACUGCAAAUUGGAAAAGUCUGAUGCCACAAUACCAAAUGGCUCAUGUUAGAUGUGAAGCUGUACACUUUUAGUAGCAGUAAGUCGUAGAUUAAGAUACAAACUUAAACAUAUAGUUCAUUUAGUAUCUGACCGACUGUGAUGUUCGGGGUUUACAAAGUCUGACCCUGCUUUCAUUAAAUUCAUUCAUCUUCUCUGUACAAAGAAUAGCACCUAAUUGAAGUAGCAUUACAAAUCUAUGAUGCUUACUUAGAAGUUGACCGAUGCAUAAUUAAGCUCAUCGACUUAUAUAGGAUUUGUUUGCCCUCGAGGCUUACCAUGUAAAUAGUCAAAUGUCUUUAAGCACAUCUUCUCCCUGUUUCUGCAACCUUCUCUUACUGCAAUGAGAUGCGUCAAUUGUCCUCGAGUGUUUCUGACUGCAA